AUGGCGCUCAAGACUCUUUCGGCAAAGGCUGCAGCAGCUCUGGACAAGGAGCUGAUGAGUACCGGCGCCUUCUCCCUCGACCAACUCAUGGAGCUCGCCGGUCUCUCUGUUUCCCAGGCUGUCUAUCGAGUCCAUCCCAUUGACAGGGGAAGGAGAAUUUUGGUUGCCGUUGGGCCUGGCAACAAUGGGGGUGACGGCCUGGUCGCCGCACGCCAUCUCCGUCAUUAUGGCUAUCAGCCGACCAUAUACUAUCCAAAGCGAAGCAAGAAUGAUCUUUACCAGCGCCUUGCGAAGCAAUUGGAGGAUCUCGACGUCCCUUUUGUGGACGACUUCCCGACUGCUCUGCAGUCAACUGACCACGUCGUCGACGCCAUAUUCGGGUUCAGCUUCUCUGGCGAGGUCCGGGAACCGUUUCCAGCCGUGAUUCAGGCGAUGGCUGAGACCAAGGUCCCGGUAACUUCGAUCGACGCCCCGUCCUCCUGGAACAUUGAAGAGGGCCCGCCCAAAUCAGGAGUCGGAAGCAACUUCCAUCCUAACGUUCUCGUCAGUCUAACUGCGCCCAAGCCUCUGGUCAAGUAUUUCAAGGGCCGCCACUUCAUCGGAGGCCGGUUCGUCACGCCGGCAAUAGCAGAAAAGUACGGCUUCGACGUUCCGGCCUAUGAGGGAGUCGACCAGAUCGUCGAAGUUGGCCCCGGUGGGCUGAGGCUCUGA